UCAACCCUGGUAGAAUAUUCGUCAUUUUAAAAAUUAAGAAAGCGUCUCACGUUGGAAUUAUAUUCUAAAUUAUACUACAUAAUUAUAAUUAAUUAUUUUAAUUCAACUAUGAGUGAAAGUGAAAAUUGCAACAGUGAUGCUGAAGGAGAACUUCAAAUCACCCACGCAUACAUUAGAUUUUUCGACGACAAAACUUUUUCCAUUGUACCGGUGGAAGACAUAAAAAAGUUCAAUCCGUCAAAUGUAGAAGAUUUUAAGAAAGAUAAACUGUAUAAAGUAAAGUGGGAUGAUAAGGAAUAUUAUAAUGCUAAUAUUUGCUUUCUAGGAAGUAGCGUCUCUGAUAUUCUUCGGAAAAGAGAAAAAAACAGAAAACGAAUUGUGUUUCCCACUGAGAAAGUGGCACUGGAUGAUUCGACGUCUCCGUUGACGGAGAACAAUUACUCGAAAAAUGCAGUUGAUAAAGAAAAGGCGAAAGAAAUUGCAACUGCCAAAGCAAAAUUAAAAAUGGAUAAAGAAAAUUUAAAAAAAAAAGAAGAGAAUUUGAUGAAGGCAUCCUUUUUGAAAUCACCUAAAAAAAGUAACACGUCUACAUCAAGUGCACUUGACAGUGAAGUAAUUAAAUUUAAUGAGCUAAAAGAAGCAAUGUCUACAAUGCAAAAGCAACUUGAUUAUCUAAAAGAGAGAAAUGAGGGACUUGAGAAGGAGCUUAAUCAACGACCGAAAAGAAAAUUAUGUUUCUCUGAUGAUGAGGGUGAAGAAUCUCUUCCAGAAGAAGUAAAACUGGAUAAUAGAAGUCCAAUGAAUUCAGAUGUGGAUCAAAGAAAAAAGAAAAAAAAGAAAGUGCAAGAUUCUAAAACUGAAGCAAACAUUGAUGAGGAGUUAUCUAAUUCAGGUGUGGAACAAAAAAAAUCGAAGAAAAAGAAAAUGUCUCACAUUGAAUCGAACACUGAUGAAGAUUUAUUUAAUUUAGGUGAGGAUCAAAAAGAAAAGAAAAAAAAGAAAGUGCAAAAUUCUCAGAAUAAAACAAACACUGUUGAGGAGUUAUCUAAUUCAGACGAAAUUGAUUCUGAUGAUGAACCUGAUUGUUCAAAGUUAAAGCGGUACGCAACAUUUCAACGCACUGUAAAAAAUGGAUCAAAGAAGAUAAAAUCCAUACAUUUGGGCGAAGGCGUCAAUAUUAAUUAUGACGUUUGGGAAAUAAUAAAGAACAAAAAAGAUAAUAGAAAAUUUGUUAAAUCUUUAGCCAUUGCCAUAUGGGGACGUGAAAAUUUGGUAAACCGGUAUGUAAAGAAGACGGAUGGACUAAUCCAAUUGAACAAUCGAUCCCCCAGAAAACCUUUAACCCCUACAAAAAGACAGGUUCUUGAAAAAUGUCUGGAAGAUCAUCUGACUGAUGGGACUAAUCGCCUGGUUGCAUUAAAAGAAAUAAAUGGCUUCCUAAGUGAAGAAAUAAAUAGUUUAAGAAAACUAUUGUAUCCAAAGAAAGGAUAACAUCUUAAUUAUCACACUUUCAUAUAUUCAUAUCAUUUUUAAGUUUUUUAAAAUCCGCAUGGAUUUUUGACUUUGAAAUCCUUCUGGAGAUUUAACUUAAUCCAGGUGGACUAAAUUGUCCACAAUGGUAAACCAUUGUGAAUUUUGCAAUAAAACUUUAUUAAUUUUCA